AUGCCAAUGCCGAGAGAAGUGUUGAGGUUCAAGUGUCCAGAACCUGUGCCAGCCCAUCCCGCAUCAAGGAACGAGCAUCCCGAGCCUAGUCAGCCUCGACCCCCAGUCAUAGGGAUGCCUUAUAUGCAGGUGGUGGAUGCGUUGUGUGGUUAUACAAACUCCGCCAGGAGGACGACAAUCGCUGGAGGGCUAGCAUUGAUUCUGGCAGUUGCUAUCGCUGGAGGGCUAGCAUUGAUUCUGGCAGUUGCUCUUGUCUGGGUGAUUGUGUUUUGGGGUUGA